CCUUCAAGCAGUCACUAAAAAAAUACCGUACAAAACAUUUUGAGAAAAAUUCCGUCGCUUUUUAUUUGCUGUUGCUGUUAAAAAAAAAACUCAAUUAUACUUGCUAAACUAACGGUUAAUCGGUUUCUACGAAGGGCUUUACGCGUAAUUGGAGAGUGCGCGCAGAACGCGUGGCGAAAACGGAUUGGAAAACAGUUUUUCACACGCAGCGAACGGGCAAUGAGCGCGCGCGUGUGUGUGUGUGCCACAGAAAGUUGCAAGCAGCCUAGAGCUAAAUAGGCGCACGGUUGUUAAAUAUUCCCCGUGUGUGCUCUCUCGCAUUUAUGCAAUAACAAAAUCUGCAAAUUCCCCCCAUUAAGCGUAAAAAUGUGAAAAAGGGGCAGAAAAAAAACCAAUGGGAAUUUCUCAAUGUUGUGUCAAUACAGCGAGAGCGACGAACGAAAAGUCAAAAGCAAAGGAGAGGAGAAUGGAAUAACACAAAAAAAGAGCUGAGCCACAGCAAAGAAGCAAGAAGAAACGCGAAGCAGGGGCUAAAGGAAAAAUUGAAAUAAUAAAAAAAACCCGCACACGUGUGUGUGUGUGUGAGCGAGUGAGAUUCUGUGCGCGAGUGUGUGUGUGUGGUAAUGUGUGUGUGAGAGAGUGAAACGUAUAAAUAAAAUUCAGCCAAAUGCAGAAGCCAACAACAAAAUGGAUAACAAAACUACACAGUUGGAUUUUAAAUUACUGGUGGAUCAAUCACUAAAUCUACUGGACAGCCUCAACACGGCAUUGCGGUGCGAUGCUAUUCAAUUCUUGCUGCAGACGCUUAAGUGCAAGUACCCGGAGGCCUGCGACCAAGUCGUCAGGAAUCUGUUCAGUCACGUAGCUGCAGCCAACGACAAUGGAGGAGCAGGCGCAAGGACGCAGCAGGAGGAGCUAGCGAGGACGAAGCAGCUGCAGCUGCUGCUGUCCACCAAGAAGGAGAAGAAGGAGCCUGGAACCGGCUGCGAGGCGGAGAUCAAGCGCGAGAACGACGAGGAGGAGUCGGGAUCGACGGAUCUGAACCAGAACUUCGAGAAGAUCCUCUGCAAGGAGGAGUUCUUGUGCCUCGAGGAGGAGGAGGAGGACUUUCUCGACGAUGCGGACACGCAGAACUCGUCUUCCCUGCAGUUCCAUGCCGGCAACAAUGUGGACGCCCUAGCCAUGGGCCACGGCGACCCACUGGACCUGAUCCAGACCGGCGUUUCGCUGCUGGUCAAGCGGAAGUAUGCGGCCACCUUCGAGGACGAGGAGCAGCUGGGCGAGGACGAGGAGGCCAACAGCAACAGCAGCGACGGGAAGCUGGUCAAGCGGAAGCGCACCAACAACAUGCACCUGACCGUAACGAGUGUGCGGCGGAAAGAGGAGCACAGCCGGCUGGGCGAGGGCUAUGUCUUCCACGAGGACAGCCAGUAUACGAUGCGGUAUCACCACAGCACCGGUGAGUUCAGCGAGCGGGCCUUCAAGGCCCAGUUCCGGGCUCUGCUUCGCAUGGCGCUCAGCCAGCACCACAAGCCCUUCCUCCGCCAGUUCUACGAGAACUUCGUUGUGAACGGACGCCUGCUGGGCACCACGCCCUCGGCGCGGGUCCUCAAGGAGAUUCGUGAGCAGCGUCUGGAGGAGUGGCGACGUCAUCGGGAACGCCGCCAGCUGGUCAUCCUGAUGAAGCAGAGCGAGCUGCAGCGCGUUGAGGAGAUUCAGCAGCAGCAGCAGGAACAGCGGAAUCAGGAGGAGAUUCAGCGGCAGCAGCAGCAGCUGCAGUGCCUGGAGGAGAUUCAACAGCAGGAGCAGCAGCAGCAGCAAAUGGAGGAGAUUCAGCGGCAGCAGCAACUGCCGGCCAUCUCGUUUGGCGACUCCGAACUGGAGUCGGAAACGGAAUCGCAGCUGUCGUCGGCUGCCCAAGAGAUUAUGAAGUUCGAGGAGUUCAUUGACGAGGGUGUAGGCGCUGGUCGUCUGAUCGAUGGUCUGGAGAUGGAGCCCGAGAUCGAUGACAUGCUGGCUGGCGCCGGCAGUGCCUUGGGCAGUGUGAACAGCGCCAGCGGACACAGCAGCAACAGCAGCAGCAGCGGCAGUGGGAGCGCCGGUAAUGGGAAUGGCAUUAGCGGGGUGAUCCUGGAGAACAAUAGUCAUCAUUCGCAUCACCUAAGUAGCAGCAGCAGCGCAAAUCUUGUGAUCAACGGCCUUACGUCAAGCAAUAGCAUCAGCAACAAUAAUAAUAAUAGCAACAACAACAACAAUGUUAGUCUACACCGCCCGCAACUGACGCCGCAGGCGCCCAUGCCCAUGUCCAUAUCCAUGCCCAUAGAGAGCAGGGAUCUUAAAGCCGGGCAGGCUGCUCAUGGCAAUGCCAACGUCAUCCUACCGGGCGGCAGCUCUGGCCUCGCCAACCAGAUUCAGCUGGCUCAGCAGCAGAAGCACUACAACUCGAGCAAUAAUCCGCUGUCGAUGAUGGGGGGCAUGAUGCAGCAGCAGCAGCAACAGCAGCAGCAGCAUGUGGGCAUGCCGCACCAGCAGCGUCAGAUGAUGAUGAUGCCGGAGGACUUCCCACAGCACGGAGCCUCGAUGAUGGCCGGUCGUCAAAUGCCGGCGCUGGCGGCCUUGUCGAAUCUGGGCGAUCCUCCUGCUGGGCAGCUAAACUCCUCCCUGGAAAUGGACGACAAUGACCUGUCGCCAGACGAGGAUGACGACGAUAUGGACCACGACCUGGACGAAAUGGAAGCGGCCAAGCAGCAGCUUAUCGACGGCGGCAGCAGUAGCAGCACUUCGCUGCAGGCGCCGCCUUCGCAGCAUGGCAGCGGAAGUGGAGGCAGUGGAGGGCAGACGCCGGGCAGCAAAAAGGACAAGCCCAGCUACAACUGUCUGCUCUGCCCCAAGUCGUAUCGCAAGCGGAAGUCCCUGCUGGACCACUACAAGAUGCAUCCGGGCUACUGCCACGACUGCGGCCAGCGCAACGGGAAUACGCUGGAGGAAAUCAUCCACCACAACCGGACCAUGCAUGUGAAGGAGUUCCCCUUCGUGUGCGAGACGUGCGGGGAGUCGUACUCGCGCAAGCAGCAGUUCCACGCCCACGUGGAGUCGCACAACAAGAAGGAAAUCAAAACCUUUCCCUGCGGCGAGUGCGGUCAGAAGUUUCCGCAGAAGAAGCUGCAGCAGCACUUCGAGGAGACGGGCCACAAGGCCGACGGGGCCAUCUGCGAGGUGUGCGGCGAGGAGUUCCAGUCGAAGAACGCCCUCUACCAGCACAUCAUACGCGUGCACAAGCGCGACAACUUUUUCGAGUGCCACAUUUGCCAUAACCGCUUCACGCUGAAGGCAAACCUGGAGCGGCACGUGCAGCUGCACACGGAGAUCAAGCGGCCCUACGUGUGCGAUCUGUGCGGCUCGUCCUACUUCACAUAUCCCGCGCUCAAGGAGCACUACAGCAACGCCCACGUGGACGUGUCCGAAUGCAAGUGCACGCUGUGCGGCAAGCGCUUCGGCUCGGCCAAGUCGCUGCAGCGGCAUCUGCCCUCGCACUCGGAGGAGAGGCCGCAUUGCUGCAACUAUUGCGAUCAGACCUUCAAGUGGAAAACGCACCUAGUGAGACACAAGCAGACCAUGCACGGCAACGAACCGCCGCCUCCUAAGAAGGGAAAGCAGCGCUUUCCCAAAGCGAAUGAAGAAGCAGAGAUGGCUAGCUUACCAGAUAUGCCCGGACCACCACCCGUCAAGGCCAGCAAAAAGGCGGUGACCAGCAAGGCGAAAGCUCAGGCAGCAGCCGCAGCCGCAGCAGCAGCAUCCGCCCAGCAGCAACAGCAGAAGGGCUCUGCAGCCACGCCGACGCCGCCGCCGCCGGUAUCCACCACGCCGGGCUGCCUGCAGCAGGAUCAAUUCAAUGCGGCCAUGGUCAGCAGCAACAGUUCGCAAUCCUCCACGGCGUCCACGUCGCAGCACUCGGUGUCAACGAGUGAAUCUCAGCAGAAUUCCAUGUACAAUCAGAGCUUUAAUGCGGAGAAACAGCAGCCGGGACAGCAGCAGCCGCAGCCGCAGAAUGCAUUGCAUCAGCAGCACCCAACACCGCCGCCGACACAGCAACAACAACAGCAGCAGCAGGCGCCGCCGCCACCUCAGUCGCGAGUUGCACCCGGAGAAUUGCAUUUGCAGCGCAUGAAUAGCUUUGGGCAGGAUGGACAAUUUCACUUUGAGUCCAACCCGGCAGCAGGUGCCUAUCAGCAGCAUCAACUGAUCAGUCAGUAUCAGCAACAGCAGCAGCAACAACAACAACAGCAGCAGCAACAACAACAACAACAACAGCAGCAGCAGCAGCAACAACAGCAACAGCCACAGCAGCAACAACAUCAUCUUGCCCAACAGCAGCAGCACAUGAGGAGUCACACGCCCCAGAGUCCACAUCCUCCGCACACCCCGCAACUGCAGCAACAGCAGCCGCAGCAGCACUUCAGCUCCCCGCACCACAUGCCGCCGAUGCACCACCAGCACCAGCUGAUGAUGCAGCAGCAACAUCGCCACAACCAGCGCUCGCCGCUACACCAUCAUCCUGCAGCCCAGCAAUUGCAACAACAGCACCAGCAACCAUCGCAUUCCCCACAGCAUGCGAGACUGCAGUCGCCUCAACCUGCUUCAGUACAACAGCAACAACAGCAGCAGCAACAACAACAACAACAACAAUUCUUACAGCAACAGGCCACCGAUUCCUGGGGCAACAUGAACUUUGGCAAUCCUCCCAGCAACCAGCAGGUUGAGCUCAAAGAUAACAAAUUCUAUAUUGUGGAAUCGGCCGAGUUCCUAGGGCUUCCCAUGAAUGUGCCGCCUUCCCCACAGCAGCAACAACAGCAGCAGCAACAAGCAGUCAGCAAGCCCCAGCAGCAGCAGCAACAGCACCCACAAACGCAGCAAACGGAUCCAACACUCGCCGGUGAUCUAAUGGGCUUUCAGCACAUGUGGCCGGCGCCCGCCUUCCCCCAAUCCACACAGCAGCAACCGCAACAGCAACAACAGGCGGCGCAGCAACAACAACAGCAGCAGCAACAAGCCCAGGGACAGGCGAAUUCGAGUGAUCCACACAACUACAACAACAUCGGCAGCAUACUCACGAAUCUCAUUGACACAAAUCCCGCGCCAAUGGAGUACAAUUUCGACCUGAUGCAGCAGCAACAAACGCCAUCAUCCCAGCAACAGCAGCAGCAACAACAGCAGGCGGCGCAGCAGCAACAUCACAAUGCCGGAGGCUAUGCGAGCGCUCUGAUGCGCGGUGGAGGCGGCGUCUACGGAGGAGCGUACGAGCAGCACUUGAGCGAGCAGUUGGUCAGCGAGCAGCAGAAGCAGAACAGCUUUCAGCCCUACCACCCACAUCCGCAUGGCCUGCAGGCGCAGCAGCAGCAGCCACUGCAUCCGCAUCUGUUGCCACCGCCUGCGCCGCACAGCAACGUUUACGACCGCACGGGAGUUGGAGUCGGCGUGGGCGUAGGUGUGGGAGUGGGCGUGGGCUAUCCCAUGCUGGGAGACGACUCGAAGGGCGUGCUGCCGCCCAUGAUGGGUGGCAUGAUGCAGCAAAUGCCGCCGCAUGGCCAGCAACCGGAUCUAAUCUACUACCCAGUGAAGAACGAUUGACAGUCGAAGCACCAUCAGCAGCAGCAGCAGCAAGCUCAGCAGCCGAAUCACCAUCACCACCAUCGCUGGUGGACAGAGCCAGCCAAGAGAGGCGAUGUUUUUCAUUGAAGAAACAGCUAGAAAACAGGAAAGGGAAUACGGAACAAGUUCGUUAGAUUGUAAGUACAGGGGGGUGGGAGGAUGUGUGGACAGCGAGGAGUUUGUAGAUAGGGCAAUCCACAUAUUUUUUUUGAAAUUAAGAGCAAUAACAUAAAGAUUAGAGCGAAAAGAGCUCAGAAUUUCUAAUCCGACCGGCGCUAUGAUACGUGUAUAAAGAGUAAUCACUUACAAGGUACAUCAAAUACACAGAAGCAUGUAUACAUCAAUAAAUUCAGACAUAUACAUAGUAGCACUUAAGCGAAGCAAGAGCAAGAAUUAAAUUAAAACCUAUAAAUAAUAAAUAUAUAUAUAAAUUAUAUGAAACAUAUAUAUUAGCGUAAGCAACUACAAUAAUGGCAGACCACAAGCAACUUUCGAACAAAUUUUAUGCUUAUUUAACAUUUACCAUACGAGUUAUAAAUGCGACACAACACAAACACGUGCGUUGAUGUAUAAUCAAAACAAUCCAACAUUAUAUUCAUACAAAUGAUGUCUAUGUGAACCCCGAGAGACGUCGACGACGCCGACGACCCCCAUAUUGUAGAUGAUUGAUUUGAGCUUGAGAUCGGGUCAUGCAUCACAAAAAGAAAACCGGAAACAAAAGUACACGACGCUUUGAGCCCGGGCCCAGCGCCACACAAAGUUGUAACCAUAUCAUGAGGCCUCUUCCCCGUAUAAUUAAUUGUAUUCUCGAUAGUGCUUGUUAUUUUCUAUUUAGUUAACGAAUUGAUUAUACUUAUAAAGCCUUUCUGCUGAUGACCGCCAGCCACACUUUUGUUAGAUUAGUGCCUAAGUCUAGUUGAUAUCCCAAUGUAUACCCCGACAUUUUGUGGCUUUUUACACCCAAACCUUGUAUAUCUACUCUAUAGCAUUUCCGAUUUUUUUGAAGCUCCCCAUUAUCCUACUUCCGAUUUACAUGUUCUUUAAUGAAUUUCCUUAAAUUCAAGACAGGCCCCAAAAACAUUUAAGUUAAUCACAGCGUUGUUCUUGUUUUACACAUUAUUCAAAUUCAGCAACAUAAGAAUUUUAAAUUUAAGUGAAAGUUUAAAACGUUAAAUGUGUAAGCAUACUUUUAUGAACAAAAC